GCAGACAGACAGGCACCGGGAGAGGGACACAACACUUUUCAGUGGUAGCGACUUAUGGGUUCUCUCCCUUCACUCUCUCUUCCAGGCUCUAGGGAGCAGAGUCAGAACCAAGGAGACGAUGGUCUCAGUGACUAUGGAGAGGAGUGUGAAUAACAAACCCUGUCCAUCCCCAGCCACUUCUGAGUGGAUCCAGUUUUUUAAGGAAGCUGGCAUUCCUCCAGGACCUGCUGUUAAUUACGCCGUGAUGUUUGUGGAUAACAGGAUCCAGAAGAGCAUGCUGCUGGACCUCAACAAGGAGAUCAUGAAUGAGCUGGGCGUGACCGUAGUGGGGGACAUCAUCGCCAUCCUCAAGCAUGCCAAGGUGGUGCACCGCCAGGACAUGUGCAAAGCUGCCACUGAGUCGGUGCUCUGCAGCCCCAGCCCCGUCCCAGGCGAGCUUCGCCGUGGCGCCUCUAGUGCUGCCUCUCGAAUGAUCACCAACAGCCUGAACCGUGACUCCCCACCUGGCACUCCCCCCAGGCGGCCGGACACGAGCACCUCCAAGAUCUCUGUCACUGUGUCCAACAAGAUGGCAGCAAAGAGUGCCAAGGCCUCCGCACCUCUGGAUUGCCGGGAAGAGGAGAGCCUGGCUGUUCCUGCCAAGCGGCGCCGGGUCACUGCGGAGAUGGAGGGAAAAUACAUCAUCAACAUGCCCAAGGGCACCACCCCCCGCACCCGAAAGAUCCUGGAGCAGCAGCAGGUGGCCAGAGGUCUCCACAGGACGUCUGUGUUCGACCGUCUCGGUGCAGAGACCAAGGCAGACACGACAACAGGGAGUAAGCCCACAGGAGUUUUCAGCCGCCUGGGGGCCACUCCAGAGAUGGAUGAAGAUCUGGCUUGGGACAGUGACAACGACAGCAGCAGCUCUGUCUUACAGUAUGCUGGGGUCCUGAAGAAGCUAGGACGGGGCCCAGCCAAGGCCAGUCCCCCAUCAGCAGUGACUGUCAAAGCCAAGGCCACAAGCUCAGCAACUACGUCUUCCACACCAACACUGAGGCGCCUGGCGCUUCCCUCACUCCCUGGGCUUGAGAAGAAGUCAGAGCCCCUGUCCAAAGUCAGCAUCAUCCAGAGACUGGGCAAGGCUGCCCUUGUGUCUGAGGCCCAGGACAGCCAGGUCACAAGCACCAAGAGCCCGACUGUUCGCUGCGUCCUGCCCGACCCUCCUGCGCCUCCGAUCUCCCAGCGGCCCCCUCGUCGACGGUGGCGUCGAGCCUGUAGAGACUGUUAGCCGCCCUCCACUCCUGGGCUGGAGGGCUCCCCAAGCCCUGGGUUGCAGUGGGGCAUCUCCAUUUUCCUGUCCUGAGCAUCUUUUUCUCUGAAAGUCUUGGCUGGUGAUGGGCAAGGGGCUUUGGGAAGGGAGGCUGGUUUGGAGAGAAGAUGACAGCUGUUUUAAUAUAUUUUUGUGACUUCCAAACUGUUUCCCUCCUCUCUUUCAGGGUGAGUCACAGGUCUGUUUUUCAUACCAUCACUGUGGGGGGAAGGGCCAGCCAAGGGUUGGACUCUGCCUUGAAGGUCAAAUUCCUUCACAAAUGUGGUCUCCAAGUCGAGAGGAGUCCUGGUCAUGGUUGCCAUUCACUUAGACCACUCCUUACCCUUCUGUCAUUCUCCCCUUCUCCUGUGGGUUUCCUUGUUUCUGCCACUCUGUGUGCUGGUAGCUUUCCAGACUGUGGGCUGCACUCGAGAGGGAAGAAGUCCUCGUUCAUUUCACUCCUCGCUCUGUGCAGCUUCUCCUCUGUGCGAGGCCUGUCCUUGGAGCUAGGGAACCUAUAGUGAACAGAUGAGCGCCCCUCCUCACUGCCGACCUCUCUAGCAAGGGAGAGGGUGGUCUCUCCCUCCUACCCAUUAUGGUGCUGCCCAUAGAACUGGAGGGAUGGGAGAAAGUGGUCAGGGCCACCUCAGGUGUAGUGUGGGAGGAAACCAGAGGAGGCGACCCCUCUGCUGAACUUGGGAAAGAGAAGAAGCAGCUUUGUGAAGUUCUUGGAGACAAGCUGUUUCAUCCAGAGCUGGCCCUGUGGGGGAGCAAGGAGCACAAAGAAUGCUGGCCAGUGAGUGAGGAGCCUUCCGUCUUCCACAAGGUGGGGGUGGUGGACAGAAAGCAGAUGCCCUGGGAGGGCUUUGGUUCUGGGGCGAGUAAUGUGGACAAGGGCCUGAGAACAUUGAGUUGGGGAGGGUUUGAAGUUGGGAGUGAUCAUCCAAGCUGCCUUUUAUGACAUAGUUCAGGCAGGGAACAGGUGGCUUGGCCCAAGGCCAUGGCUGUGGGGAGCAGAAGAGAGAACAGACAUGGGUGUACUGUGGAGGGGUGGCAGCAGACGGGGCAGUAACAGAACCAUAAGGGAUGACUAGUGCUAAUAUUUGGAGGGAAAAUUUAUGCUGAGGCCAAAAGUAUAGGAAAUUUUAAAUGAGAAGUUUAGAGACUACAGUAACAUCCAUUUUGCUAUUUCUGCGACUAUAACCUUGAGAUAACAAUUAGCUUACAAGGUCUGGGUUGGUCAGGCCCAAGGUGUAAGGUGGGCUUAAAAAUGAGUGUGUGACUCAUUUUUACGCAUUUAUGUAAAACAGAAGAAAAUGAACAACACAUAGACAAGCACACAUGCAUUAGCAGCUUCAUGUAUUUGACCAUUCCUUUCUUGUUCUUGUUUUGUUUUGCUUUGUUUUGUUUUAUUUUGAGUCAUACUCUUGCUACGUAGCCCACCAUUCCCCAGCCUCUGCCUCCAGAGUGCUGGAUUACAGGUGUGCACCACCAUGCUUAAAUGGUUUUAGAAUUACAGAACAACUAAGAAGGUAGUAGAUAGACAGUUACCAUGUACCCUACAUCCCAUCUUCCCUCGGUACGGUAUAUUUGUUACAAUCGAUGAAGCAAUGAUA